GUUUACGCUAAAUUGUUUGCUGGGGAAUUACUGCUCGAAAUGCUUGCUGGGAAAGUUCCGCAAGAAGUGCUCCAAGUUAAAAGAAGAAUAAUUCGUAAAUGGUAAAUUGUGCGGCUUUUAACGGAAUACAGGAAUACGGUGGCAGCAUUGCAGAAUAAGGAAAGAUUGUCGGGAGUGUGUUAAAUCGGUUCUCUAGUCGCGCAUUGCAAAAUAGUUCGGUGUGCAAAGUUGAAACAGAUCGUAUUCGCUGAAUGAGCACGGUUCGCGGCCAUCUUGAAAGUGAGGCAACACAAACACACUCACUAACGUAGACACGUACGUACGUGCGCCGAGCACAUACACACAACGUCGCCUUUGCCGCUGCCCGUAGUAAGAGCUAAAACUACUGGUUCCUCUGUUUUCGGUCUGCGAAAACGGAUUGCUUUGGACGGAAUCCUUGCUUCUGAACAACGGUGAACGCUCAGCUUCCGCUACCGGUGGUCAGUCGAGUUCGUAGCGCCACUUUCUACGCACCGUAGCAACGCUUCAUCUAUGGCUGGCAUUAGAAGCUGGAUCUAGGAAGGUGCAGGGAAAAAAACCUCAAUCACUACCACACCACCAGCAGCUCUGUCUCUCGCAUACGCAUACGACAGCGGUUUCCCUCCUGUGUGGCCCCUUGUGUUGGAGUGGAGGAAAAGGAAACGGUAGCAGAAAAAUCCGAACGAUCACAUCCGAAAGCGAGGUUACAUUUUCCGGCGCUCGACAUCCUGCUUUCCUUCGUUGGUCGGUGGGAAAGAAGAAGCUUGCCAAAGUGUUGUACAGCAGUAGCAGCAGCAGCAGCAAAAGCUGGAGCGAACCGAGCGCAGAGGUCAAGAAGCUUUUGGAGCGCGCGCCAGAACCAUUCCGGAGGCCCGUUUUGCAUGAGUAGAUUAUGUAUGAUAUCUGUGAGCAGAUGUGUACAUAGCCAUGGCUGCGACGCGAAAGUUGCAAGGUGAAAUCGAUCGGUGUCUGAAGAAAGUCACUGAGGGAGUAGAAACGUUUGAAGAUAUUUGGCAGAAAGUUCACAAUGCUACAAAUAGCAAUCAAAAAGAAAAGUAUGAAGCGGAUCUCAAGAAGGAAAUUAAAAAGCUACAGCGAUUACGCGAUCAAAUCAAAUCAUGGAUCGCUUCCGGCGAGAUCAAGGAUAAAAGCGCUUUGCUGGAAAACCGUCGGCUCAUAGAAACCCAAAUGGAGCGGUUUAAGGUGGUCGAACGGGAAACGAAAACGAAAGCAUACUCGAAGGAGGGUCUUGGCGCGGCCCAGAAGAUGGAUCCUGCGCAGCGAGAGAAGGAAGAAAUUAGCACGUGGCUAACGUCGUCCAUUACCUCGCUGCAGAUACAGAUCGAUCAGUUCGAGUGUGAGAUCGAGUCGCUUUUAGCGGGGAAGAAGAAGAAACUCGAUAAGGAUAAGCAGGACAAGAUGGACGAACUGAAAGGGAAGCUGGAGAGGCAUAAGUUCCAUGUCACCAAGCUGGAGACGCUGCUGCGAAUGCUCGACAAUGACGGUGUCGAGGUAGAGCAGAUCAAGAAGAUCAAGGAAGAUGUCGAAUACUACAUCGAUUCCUCCCAGGAGCCCGACUUUGAGGAGAACGAAUACAUCUACGAUGAUAUCAUCGGGCUAGAUGACGUGGAAAUCUCUGGUAUCCCGGUGUCGACCGGUACGGAUAGCAAUAACAGCAAUGAGACAGCAGGAUCACCAAGCAGUCUAAUAUCUGGAACUAGUCCGGCGCAGUCACCGGUGCUAAAUUACAGUGCCAGUACGUUACACAAUCACAGCAGCGAUCUGUCCGCCGAUAACAACAAUCUGAAUGAGAAACGUUCGAAGAGCGAGGGCACGAAGAUUACGCCGGUGAAACCGACCGCAAUCCGCGCUAGCAAGGUGGACCCGUCCGUCGCGGCUGUCAGUAAUGCCGUUAACAACAAUGGCAGCAGUAAUAGCACCAGUAAUAGUAGUAGUACUAUCAGCAACAACAAUACGUCCAAGACCGGGCUGAUCAGCUCCACGCCCAGCAAAAAUCAUACUAAUGCUGCCGCGGCGUUACCCAACAUGUUGGUGCUACCACAGCCGCCCAACAGUAUACCCAUCAUUGGACCCGCUUUUGCUGCCGUUGCAAAACAACAUCCUAGUGAGUAUAUACAAAAUGGUUCUAUACUCCAGCCCAGCACGCCCACCACGGGAACUGGCGCGUCACCAUCGUCAGCGAGUGGCCCACUGCAAACGCAAGCACCGAAUGCAUCGAAUGUCUUUAGCAGCCUCAGUCAGAUAAUUAAUACAUCUCAACCUAAGCUUAGUCAGCAACAGCAGCAACAGCAGCAAACGCAGAAUAGUUUACCGAGCGCUGCCGCCGUUGUCGCUGCAGCCAACAGCAGUAGUGUGCAGUCUACGACACAGUCGAGCGCAUCGUCACAGCAGCAAACGCAGCAGCAGGCACAGCCACCACAGCAACAAUCCCAGCAGAUUCCUCCCGGUCAGAAUUCCAUGCUACUUCACAAUGCCUUGUCGUCGGCAUCGAGUACGGAGAGCAACAAUCAUGUAAUGAGUACAUCGUCCGCGUCUACCAUCAGUAGUAGCGGGGCGAACGUUAUUAAUAACUGUGUCUCUCCUAGCAAUUCCGCAGUCAGUAGCAGAGCGUCGCCCAGUUUGAUGUCACCACCGCAGCAGCAGCAGCAACAGCAGUUGUUGAACGGUCCCACUACACUCGCGCAAGAAGUGAUAAAUAGAACAGGAGUACUCGAAACUGGUCCAAGCUCCAAUCCAAACGCGCUAAUGCAGCAGCAGAGCCAACAGCAACAACCUAAUCCCCAGGGUGCAGCAGCGGUAGCGACGGUGGCAUCCACUGCGCAGCAGCAAGCAGCAGCGGCGGCGGCCGCAGCGGCAGCAGCAGCAGCAGCUGCUGCACAAGCAGCGGCAGUGGCCGCGGUGGCUGGUCAGCAGCAACAGCAAUCGCAACAGCAGCAACCACAACCACAGCCAGCAGAUUCGAGACAGGCUGGGCCAGUUCCUUCGAAUCAAACCCCACAAACACAAUCCGGCGGGCCGUCGUUCAUGGUCGAUGCGAGCGGUGUACCAACUGGGGCCAACGCAGGCAACCUACUACCAACAUCGUCAGCUACUGCCAUCACGAAUGGACCGAACACGAUCAUUAACACAAACUCUAGUAUUUCGAACGCCGCUAACGUAAACAGCGGCCCCGGAGGCAUGAAGCCCACUGCCGGUACACACGAGGCCUGUAUACCGCCGCUACUUGGCGUGGCACCUUUAGGCACGUCAAAACUACAGAAGGAGCAUCAAAUACAAUUCCAACUCAUGGAAGCCGCCUACUAUCAUCUGCCAACACCAAGCGAUUCAGAGAGGCUAAGGCCGUACUUGCAACGUCAACCUGUCCAAACUCCACCGCACUUUCCACAGCAACAACUUCCACAUUCUGAAACGGUAGAGUUUUUCCAGCGUCUAUCACCCGAAACGCUCUUUUUCGUGUUUUACUACAUGGAGGGAACGAAGGCUCAAUAUUUAGCCGCUAAGGCGCUGAAGAAACAGAGCUGGAGAUUUCAUACGAAAUAUAUGAUGUGGUUCCAGCGCCACGAAGAACCGAAAGUGAUCAACGAAGAAUACGAGCAGGGAACCUACAUCUAUUUUGACUAUGAAAAAUGGGGCCAGCGUAAAAAGGAAGGGUUUACGUUUGAAUACAAGUACUUAGAAGACAGGGACCUGAAUUGAUCUUUACAGAUUACGGAACUCCUUUUUUAAAAAAUAUGUGGAAAACAAAAUGAAACGAAAAAAAUUGAUCAAUAAAAACUAUAAAAUGUUCUGAAAACAAAAAUCACCACACAGGAUCGCAAAACUCACGACAAAAGAGAAACAAAAACGCAAAUACAUGUGCGCGGGAAUGAGACAAAACAAAGGUUGCACGUUGAAGUGAUCGACGGACGGAAGCAGAUAGAAAACGGAGUACAUGGAAACACACACACAUUGGUCAAUGUAUAAUUUCUCAGCAGUGUUCUUUACUUCAACCACAUAAGUAUCAGUGAUGAGUGCGAUCGAUGGACAAAUCCACUGACAAGCAUUGGAAGUUGUAUCCCGAAGUCGAUGGCUACCCGCUUAUUGAACAUCUCCUAAGCUGCAUUAACUACUUCAGCUACUUGUGUGAAGAUUCUAAACCCAGCAGGAAAAAAGCAGACACUUCUGAAUUCAUUGCAAUUUGCGAUUUGUGUUUCCUUUGUAGGUCCGUUUUAAGACACGCUCUUGUGUACAUAGAUCAACGCUGCUCGUCUGGAGUUGGUUCAAUCUAAUUUUUCACCCAGUUUAAAGCGAUCUGGAACGAGAGAAAAAAAUCGAUGCUUAGGAUGCAUCGGUACCGUUUCGUCUUCGUCGGGAAUGUCAAUUGCCUGUUGAGCGUAAAAUUGUUUUACCUCUGAGACCGUGUUGCGAAAAGCGAGUGUACGAACAGAUGGGCUAGCAAAUCGUGUACGCUUCACUGGAAGAUAAGAGAAACGUACACAGCUGUGUAGUAAACAUUAAAAAACAGAAUAACCAUUCACCUACACAACGUAAACACAUAACCCAUGAUUGAUUGAUGAUAGAAAAUAGAUUUUAAACUUCAAAACGAAAGGAACGGCUAAAGGUGUAAAAUAGCAUAAACAAAUCAGAAGAAAAAGAUUAGAGUGAAGAAAAAAACGUAAAAAAGUAUGCAAAAAGAAGCAUCCCGCCACUCUUCACCCAUGAGCGAUCGAAAUGCGGAAAAUGUAUAGAGGAGUGAGUUGUUUUGUAGAUCAAAUGAUUCGGUAAUGUGUUAGUUUGCCAUUCCUGUCUCGGCGUGCAAAGAAGAAUAUCAUUUCCUCCCCAACAUCACCAUGCUUAGGAUUAGACUUAUGGCGGUAACAAAAAACAAACAAACAGAAAGUCCAUGAAAAUGAUGUAAAAAGAAAUUGCUUUGUACACCUUACAACAGUAACUGACCGAUCCGCGUCAUACACACACACACACUCACACUCAAUCAUCUGUCCAACUCAAUCAUGAUCAUGAUGAGCGUUAUAUGUACGUUAAUUGAAACACUUAUGCACUCUUUGGUGUGGAAUUAUCACACAAUAUUUUCGACAUGUUUUUUUUCUCUGAAGUUUGCUGUUAUCUUGUUUGGGUGGUUAGUAUUGAACUUAGAGACUGGACAGAUUUGAGAAGCAUAGAAAGCAAUCCCCGUUUUUAAAAGAAAAUUAUGUUGGCCACGUGCAGUAGUGGUGGUGCGCGUGCAUGUAGGAAGGUAUCAAUAAUCUCUCAACACUGUACACAGCAAACAACAACAUGAAAUAAUCCAGACUCGAAUGAAUGUGGAGCGCGUACGAGAAUUGUAAAUCAUGGCAUGUGCAUGUUAGGUGGUGGGAAAUACCUCCCUCCCAAUAACGCAUGAACACAAGGCAUCAAGGCAGAGGAAACAAUGACAUAAGCAAAGAAAUCACAACGUACGGAAUAUUCCACCGUGAAAAUCAUACACAGAGUGGCCUGUGGGUUAGUGUUGCCUCUGUAGCACUUUGUGCCCUCCGAGUAAAAGCAAGCAAUCCUUUACACACCAUUCAUGAUGAUCGCAGGUGAAAACCCCGACGAAGGUAUCCUUUGCGUUUCUUUAAUUGAAAAAUGUGGCCGAUUGCGACUGUUGGCAGGUGCAGUAAGGAGGCAGGAUGUAGAUAUAUACGGAUAAAGCGAACAAAUGUUAACGGCCCCUUGCAUCAUCCGCUCGAUACGAUAUCGAAGGAGGAGGAGUAACGAAGCGAUCAGCUUCUCCCUAGUGCGCCACAAAUUGUUUCUCGUGAACGGGUAUCUACAUCUGUUAGUUGAAUCUGUAUGUAAAAAGUAGUCGUCCGACAGUAGAUUCGUUCGUUAAUAAGUGCUGGACGGUAAGGUUUAGUAAUUGCUCGAGGUUGUCGGGCGUUACUCUGCUCUCGAAUUAAUUGACGCCCGGUUCCGAGAGUGGAGAUAAUCUCUCCGAAUUGAAGAGGACGAUAACGUAUGCAGUGGUGCGCAUCAUGCUUACUUCCGGCGCCGAAGUCCUUUUAAGAGUGCUGCUGUGAACGUUUUGCGUAGUAAAAGAAAGAAAACACAAAUAAGAUCGCUCAGUAGUAAAUAACUAAAACAAAAAGAACUGAUUCCGAGUGCAAAAGAAACAAACAAAAAAAAAAAGAAUGAAGAGGAGGAAAUAAGUUCCAUAAAAAAAACCGUAAACCGUGGUCGUGCAGUGCAGAUUUAUUUUUAGGCUAAAUACUGCCAACGAAGACGAUCUGCUGCUAGAAGGAAGAAGAUAAAAAAGAAACAUCGGAAAACAAAUAAAUGAACAUAAAUUAAAAAAAACAACGCAAAAAUUGAAAAAAAAA